AUGAAAAUUGUUCAUCCCCACCUAUUUGUCAGAUACGACCUGCGCUACGCCUUGAUCGAGGUUGGAUUCCUAUACGUCGCCCAUCACGGCGUGCCCGAGGCCAUCACGGAGCGGCUGGUGCAGGCACUGCCAACGCUGUUUGCGCUGCCCCCAGAGGCCAAGGCUGCUGUUGCCCUCGAAAACUCGCCGCAUUUUCUUGGCUAUAGUGCUGCCGGCCGGGAGAGCACUGCUGGCAGGCCUGAUUUUCGGGAGCAGGUCGAAUUCGCGACUGAGCUGCCUGAUGACUGGCGAGAUGGUGAUCCUCUAUAUGACCGCUUGCGUGGCCCAAAUCAGUGGCCGCCGGGCUUACCAGAGCUGCGUCAGAUUGUCACAGAGUAUAUCCAGUCGCUGACGACGCUCAGUGAGCGCUUCUUGAUGCUGGUCGCUCGGGCUCUUGCAUUGCCCUCGGAUGUAUUCCUACCGUUUCUGUCUGAUCAGCAUCGUUUGAAACUCGUCCACUACCCAUCAUUGCCUUUUGGUAGUGCUUCAGUAUCUGAUCAAGGAGUAGGACCACACAAAGACUCCUCGGGUUGGUGGACAUUUCUCCUCCAAGCGUCUCCUCCAGAGGUCCCAGGACUACAGGCAUUGAAUAAGGUCGGGCAGUGGAUUGAUGUACCGGCCAAACCUGGGACACUGGUGGUGAACAUUGGCCAGGCAUUCGAGGUUGUCACGGACGGCAUCUGCAAAGCCACGACACACCGGGUCCUCUCUGGUCCUCAGGAGCGCUACUCUGUGCCCUUUUUCCAGGGCGUGCGGCGGAGUCUCACAAAAUACGAGGCCCAAGUCCUCCGGCCUCACUUUGCCUCAUUCAACGCCGGGACAGAAUCCAUCGAGGGCCGUUCGGUUGACUCGGCCUUUCUACGGGGCAGGUAUGAAACUUGGGGAGAGUCGCAGCUGAGGACCAAGAUUCGCAGUCACAUGGAAAAUGGGAGAAAGUUUUACGGGCAAGUGUACGAGCAGUAUAUGCAAGACGACGCAUAA